AUGAAAAAGAAAAAAAAGAAGAGGAUCAUUCUUCUUAUGGAUCGAUGUGCAGCAUAUUCACCUCAAGCAGUUUUGGAAAAUGUUCAAGCGGAAUUUUUCCCUCAAAACAGUUCAAGUGCUUUGCAGCCAUUUGAUUUGGGCAUUAUUACAAAUUUCAAAGAAAUAACAAUCUCUCCAUGGACUUACUGCAAGCCAUGGAAUCUUUUUUCGGUUGCAUGGCAGCUGGUGGCAUCCUCCACAAUAAACAACUUUUUCCGUAAACCAGGAGCCUUACUGGAAGAGGCUGCCGCUGAUGAUAAUGACAGUGGAGAUGAAGUCGUGUCUGGUAAUGAGCUAGCUCUUGUGGAGGUUGCAUAA